AUGGUACUUAGUGUUUAUUCAAUAGUGCCAGUGACUAAAUUAAAUCUAGAAUAUAAUUUUAGUAAAGGAUACCUAAGAGUAUUCAAAAAUGCCGAAUCGGCAUAAUUCUUAGAAUUAAUUGAAUAGUUAGCAGUUUGGAAGUAAAUUUUAAUGUUGACUCAGAUUUAUGAAUAUUUGGAGAAAAAUCCAUUUCAUAAUAAAUAGAGUCUAUAGAUUUAUUAUUUUCGUCACACUGUUUAUUAAUUAAGAUGUUUAAUUUCUAAAUUGAAAGCAGGUCUAAGUCCUCUUAUAGCAAUGUCUAUAUUUUAUAAAAAAAUAUCAAUUUGUUUGGAGGGUUUUGCAUUAGCUUAUAAAAAACUUAAUAAAAAAAAGUUAAUUGAAAUGGCUGGAUUUAGAUUUGUAAAAAUGAAUUAUAAAAAAAAUUAUUAUCCAAAAGAAAUAGGUAAAGGAUCCAAAGAAUUAGUUUAUAUAGUUGAUGAAUUUCAAUAAUAUGGUUUUAUUAAUUAUUCUGGAGUAGUAGAAUAUGGAGAAUUAGAUGUUAAAGUAAUUUUAAAAACAUGUUCUGUUUGUUCGAUAGCAAAAAUAGAUUUAGCCAACAAUAUUUUUUGUAGACAUAGAUAUUGUGAACAUUGUUUGUAAAUUUAUUUUAGAAAUAAAUACUCUAUAGUAUGUCCUACAUUAGGAUGCAAUGCAAAAUUAAUAAGAAAAUUAAUAACUUUAAGAGAUUAAACUUAAAAGACUCGGCCAUCAUCAGCAGAAAGAGUAAGAAAAUAGCAUAAAAUAUAAGAAGCAGAACCAAAUGCUGCAACUUUAUUGAUGGAUCCUAAUUGGCCUCCUAAAUUUUAAGGCUCUUCAUAACCUAAUUACUUGGAAUCUUAAUUUAUUUAAUUAAGAAAAAUAAUUGAAUACUAAUGUGGAGAAAAACAUAUUACAAAAGAUGAUAUGAAAAAAAAUAAUAAUUUAUGUUCUCAAUGCCUAAUGACAUUAUAGAAUACUCAAAUAAUAGGACAUUGUAAUAAACAUUAUGUUUGUAUUUAAUGUACUAUGAAUGCAUAGUAGGAGUGUUUGCUUUGUUGA